AACAACCUUAAAAAAUUUAUUUGUGAGUAAAAUCAAUUAAGAUUUAGUCCUUUAGAUCAUGUACUAUUCCCAAAACAAAACUUUCCCAUGCUUUAAUUAAAUACCAAAAUUUUCACAAAUCCAAUUUACCUUUAGUGUCUUUCAUUUUGAAAAUAUUCCCUUGAAUGAUCAGAAUGCUCCCGGGUGCUGUAAAAAAGCUGGUUUCCAGGAAGGAGUCUCGAUCAACUUUAGGAGAAACUAAAUUUUCGGUAACUAAAGAAUUGCAGUAUGAGUACUCUCGACCCUCUAUCCUUGGUACUCUAUCCCCCCAUGCAGUUGAGCUCAUUUCAAGCAAUUCAACCAGAGUCGUAAUAUGUCCAACCAAACCAUCCAGCCUUCCUGGCUCAGCAGGCUACGCCGAGGUUGUGAAUGCGGGAAAAUCGAAGACGAGUGAGGAUCAAUCCGUAGCAAUAGAGCAUACUCUAGAUGAUAAAUAUAAGUAUACUUUAUUUGCUGUGUAUGACGGGCACGGUGGAAAUGGAACUUCUCUUAAGCUUGCUCAUGAGCUACAUGUGGUCAUCUAUCAAGCACUACAGGAUAUACUGCCAGAAAUAGAAGAUGCAAUAGUUCGGGAAAAACACCCAGAACCUGAGGAAAAAGAUGAUUAUGAAGAUUUUGAAGAAUUAAAUGCCCGACCCUUUACACCCAGUUUAGAAGAAUUGAUCUCGGGAACCCUGGAAUCAUGUUUCUGGGUGAUGGACAGUAUUAUUCUUCAUGACAAGGGUUCGUAUAAGAUAACCGGAGGAUCCACUGCUCUAAUGGCUUUCUUCAUGUUCGACAGAACUUGGAUUGUGAAUUCAGGAGACUCCAGAGCUGUUCUGUACAGGAAAGAUAAUGAUUUCCUCGCAGAACCUCUUAGUUUUGAUUUUACACCAGAAUCUGAUAGAAGAAGAAUACAGGAAAUAGCUUUUCAUAAACCGCAUCUACUCAAGCAAGCAAAGACUGGUGAACAAAUAUUUUCCCGGCUUCAAUUUUCUAGAAAACUAACGAAGGAUGAUAUUGGUAAACAAGUUCUUUACAGAGAUUUCUAUAUGUCAGGCUGGGGGCUUAAGGUAAUUAUUAAUAUCAUUAUUAUUAUUUUCAUUAUUAUUAUUACGAGAUCUCUGGGCGACUAUGAAUUAAUUCACAGGAGCUCACUUUGCAACAUGAAGGAGUUUCUAACCCCGCAGCCAGAGGUUAGACUAUGGAAGCCGACCCAAGAGAUGUCAAAGGAAGAUGUUAUUGUGAUAGCUACAGACGGGAUGUGGGAUGUUGUAACGAAUAAGGAAGCCGGAGAUAUUGUGAGACAGCAGGCGACACAAGGAGAAAUUGUUUACACUAAUCUGGCAAAACGAUUGGUAGAACGAGCUAGAGGAGAACGGAAGGAUGGAUUCUGGGAGAAAGAAGAUGGAAACCUGGCAUCUGGAGAUGAUAUUUCUGUAUUUGUAAUUCCAAUUCAUAAAUUCAUGUCAUUUAAAAAAUAGGAUAAAGGGGGGGGUUUACUUUUUAUUUUAAUCUCUCAAAGGAUGUGAAUUUAAAGACGACCUGAAAAUCAUUGAAUCUGAUAGAUUGCUUAUAUUCCGUAGAGUCUUCUCUGAAGUCUCUUCCUUGGGAGGUAUAGUGGGGAAAAUGGAAGAUUAAAAGAAAUGUACGCAAAAAACAUUAAACAUUACUUGUAUUUAGGAUACAGAUAGAAAAGGUUCUGUGUGUACAGUAUGAAUGAAUCACACAUAAAAAUGUUCUGUAUUAAAUGACUAGUAAAUCAUUCAUGGUUAAUCUUUUUCAUUUGUCUUUGUACUAAAUAGAGGAAACUUAUCUUUGAAGGGGAAUUUUUGAGGGUUAACCUUUUUUUUCUUUGGAGGUGGGGGAGUGGGAGUAGUUUUGGGGAAGAGUGAAUUUGAUAUGAUUUUGGUAUACAUUUUUGUGUGCUAUAUCAUUUUUUCUCACUUAAAGGGACCGUUCACUUAUUUGGUUAAUUUCAGGGUAAACUAAACAGCCUAUUCGCUUUUGAUUGGUA